CUCCCCUAAAACAAGGAUCUUCUCAUUCUGCCUGACAGCUAGACCCGACUAGCAGAUCACAGAACCAUUCCCUGGAAUCAUCGUGCAACUCCUGCUGAAACUUGGCAAAGUAAACGGAGCCGCCAUCAGAUGAGGAUCAGCAAAUCCCGGUGAUGUUUAUUUUUCUUUGCUUUAAACUGGAUGAAACUUCACUAUGCACAGACAGCAAAGAAGAGCUAACACUGGGCUUCUACUACUAUUUGCCCAAAUUUAUCAAUUUGGACUCCACAACAUCCCCCCCGUGACGUUGGCGACACUUGGACUGAAUGUCUAUCUUUUUCUAAACCCUGUAAAGCAUCUGCAUUAUGUUUGUAUUAGCGUACAUGAGGGCUACCACCGAGGAGACUGGCAGCGCCUGCUCCUGUCUCCAUUUCACCAUGCCGAUGACUGGCACCUGUACUUUAACAUGGUGUCUCUCUUAUGGAAGGGCACCAAGCUAGAGCAAAGGCUGGGAAGUGUUCUGUUUGCACUGAUAAUUGCUGUCUUCUCUCAGCUCAUCGGAGUGGUUUAUGUUCUCCUGGAAUUACUCCUAGCCGAGACCAUGGAUGACCCAUCUUACAGGAUGCAAUGUGCUGUGGGAUUCUCUGGGGUUCUGUUUGCCUUGAAAGUCCUUAAGAAUCAUUAUUACCCUGGAGGAUCCACCAGUUUAUUUGGCCUCCAAGUUUCUAACAAGUACGCCUGCUGGGCUGAGCUGGUGGCAAUCCACAUGCUGUCACCGGGGACGUCUUUCAUUGGACACCUCUCUGGGAUCUUGGUUGGCUUGCUGUACACACAUGGACCUUUGGGGACGAUUCUGGGAACUGCAGUAUCAUUUUUCACCAAUGACCGUCCAGCAAGACAACAGAGUUACUACAAUUCUGGGUAUGCCAGGUAUCCAGAGUACCAGUUCCAAGGAAACCGUGCUCCGGGGGCCUAUAAUGUGUACACUGGAGGGCUUAAUGAAGAAGAACAGCUGCAGCAAGCCAUAAGGGAGAGUCUUAAUGGCCCAGGUCAUGGGGCGCCACGGGAGCCAUCCUUGGAGGAAAUCAGAAGACGAAGAUUGAACAGAUUUUAAAACUGAUUUCUAAAGAUCUGGUAAAUGUAAAAUGUAAACUAUCCUCAGUGAGAUGUGUACAUUUAUCACACAUCAUUAGCCACAGAUGAAUAAAUCCUGCACAUUGUGGGAUUUAUGCUCAAUGAUCCUAUUUCAAGCAUUUUCUACCUAGUAAAAUAAAACGAAAUGUGUUUGCUUUC